AUGAAUAGUGAAAAUUGGGUUGAUGAUAACUUAGAAAUGGAUAGCCAAUCUGAUACUAAUGAUAAUAAUAACAGAGAAAUAGAAUCCUCUUCUAAAUCAUUAUCAUCUGUACUAAAAGAUAAAAAAACUCCUGAAA